CACAGUUGGUCUUCCCUCCACGCGGUGGGCGGUCCGUGUCCCCGGUUGCUCUUGGGGAGUUGGGUGCUCGAUCCGGUUCUGAGCUGUGGUCCCGGUGCCUUUUCCUCCCGAUGGCCUUCGUGCAGAAGCAGCAGCAGCGUCGCUGUAAAGAGAGGUUUUCUCUGCUGAUGCUUGACCUUGAAGAAUAUUAUUUUGACCAUCACACAUUUUAUCAUGUUUUUACCAACAAUAAAGGAGAAGAAAGAACAUUUAAAGGUUCCCUGAAGAUAUGUUCGAAAUCCCUGAUCUUUGAACCAGAUCAAAUAUCAGAACCUGUAUUAAAGUUCCCUUUCAGAGAAUGCAGCAGAAUUGAAGAGAUAGAAGAUAAAGACAAUAAUCCUUUUGAAGAAAAUCAAAUUUGUGGAUUCCGCAUCACGUGCCGUCAGAUCUGUUUAAUCAAAGAACAAAGAUUAGUGGCUCCAUAUAAAAUUGAGAGAGGUCCAAAGACCUAUGUUUUCAGGAUCGAUGACAUUUCAAAAGCAGAAGAUGUUGUGCAAAGUUUACUUCAGCUUUACAGAGCUUCUCAGUUGGACAAAAUUGCAGACCAGAUUGCCAUGAUCACAGCUAUUUUACAAUCUCGAUUGGCUCGGAUUUCAUUUGAUAAAAACAGAUUUCAGAAUGUAACAGAAAGGCCUCACAUGGAGUGUGAGGCUGAAAUGGUCACCCCUUUGGUUUCUAAUCCUGGGCAUGUCUGCAUCACAGACCAAAAUUUGUAUUUCCAGCCUCUGAAUGGCUAUCCUGAGACAGUUAUACAAGUAAAGUUGCACGAAGUAAGACGGAUUUACAAAAGGCGACAUGGAUUAAAACCUUUGGGUCUUGAAGUAUUUUGUACAGAAGAUGAUCUUUGUUCUGAUAUCUACUUAAAAUUUUAUAACUCCAAAAAUCGUGAUGAGCUCUACUACUACAUUGCAACCUUUUUAGAAAAUCAUAUUAUUGAACACACUGCUGAAAGCUGUAUGCUACAAUGGCAAAGAGGAUAUCUCUCAAAUUAUCAGUAUCUCUUGCACCUGAACAAUCUGGCUGAUCGCAGUUGUAACGACCUGUCUCAGUAUCCCAUCUUUCCUUGGAUCAUUGCUGAUUAUACUUCCUCAGAAUUAGAUCUGUCCAAUCCUGAAACAUUUCGUGACCUUAGGAAACCUGUUGGUGCCUUAAAUAAAGAGCGUUUAGAUCGAUUGUUGGCUCGCUAUCGAGAAAUGCCUGACCCAAAGUUCAUGUAUGGAAGUCAUUAUUCUUCUCCAGGCUAUGUCCUGUUCUACCUUGUGAGAGUUGCCCCUGAGUAUAUGUUGUGUUUACAAAAUGGAAAAUUUGACAAUGCAGACAGAAUGUUCAACAGUUUUGCAGAGACCUGGAAAAAUUGUUUAGAAGGUGCAACAGACUUCAAGGAGUUGAUCCCGGAGUUCUAUGGCACAAAUUCCAGCUUCAUAGUGAACAAUUUGAAGUUGGACCUUGGGAAGAGGCAGGGAGGCAAGAUGGUAGACUCUGUAGAGCUUCCGCCAUGGGCUUCAGGCCCUGAUGAUUUCCUCCAGAAGAACAGAGAUGCUCUGGAGAGCCAGUAUGUUUCUGAACAUCUGCAUGAGUGGAUCGAUCUAAUAUUUGGUUGCAAGCAAAAGGGGAGUGAAGCAAUUGCAGCCUAUAAUGUGUUUCAUCCUUUGACUUAUGAAGGUGGAGUUGAUUGGGGCAGCAUCGAGGAUCCAAAUCAGAAGAUAGCAAUGCUGACCCAGAUCCUUGAAUUUGGACAGACACCAAAACAGUUGUUCACCAGCCCACAUCCACAGAGGAUAAUGCCAAAGUUUCAAACCCUUUCCAAAGGAUGCAGCCGAAGUACUUCUGUAACUGAGUUGCCUCCAGUUUCUUCCUGUGAAGAUUCCUCAUUUGAAGAUUUGACAGAAGAAAGCCUAAAACUAGCCUGGAGCAAUAUUGGCAAACUGAGUAUUGUUUACCAGCAGAAGAUUCACAAAGAGGCAGUGACUGGGAUCGCUGUAGCUCGCAAUGGAACUUCAGUCUUUACAACUUCCCAAGAUUCAACAUUAAAAAUGUUUUCCAAGGAAAAAAACUUGUUACAGCGGAGCAUGUCCUUUUCAAAUAUGGCCCUGUCAUCUUGUUUGUUACUGGAGGAUACAACAGUCCUUUGUUCAUCGUGGGAUAACAAUGUAUAUUUUUACUCAGUAGCUUAUGGACGAAGACAAGAUACACUCAUGGGUCAUGAUGAUGCUGUUAGCAAGAUCUGCUGGUACAAUGACCACUUAUAUACUUCUUCCUGGGAUUCUACAGUCAAGGUCUGGAAAUGUGUUUCUGCUGAUCUCACUAACUCAAAAAAGAAUAGCUGUGAGCUAAUGGCUGAGCUGGAACAUGAUGCAGGUGUAAAUACAAUAAACCUCAAUCCUAUUGGCACAAUGCUUGUUUCAGGCAGCAAAGAAGGGACUGUUAGUAUUUGGGACCUCACCGCCUUAAGUAUUUUAUAUCAAGUGCCUUGUCAUUUAGGCACUGUCAAUGAUGUUGCAUUCAGCCCGGAUAGUCGCCAUGUUCUCAGUGCGGGAGAAGAUUGUUGUCUGAAAGUUAUUGAUGUGCAGACAGGCAUGUUGAUCUCCUCUUUGCCUACAGAUCAACAACAAAGGUGUUUUUGCUGGGAUGGAAACACCGUUCUGUCAGGCAGCCAGUCUGGUGAACUUUUAGUAUGGGAUCUGAUGGCUGCAAAAAUUACUGAAAAAAUAUUUGCACAUUCAGGUGCUGUGACAUGUAUUUGGAUGAAUGAGCAUUGCAGCAGCAUCAUAACAGGAGGGGAGGAUAAACAGAUUAUUUUCUGGAAGCUGCAAUACUAAGUGCCUUUCUUUGAAAUCCUUUGAGACAUUGGCUUCUAGCACUUUUUUUUAAAUGAAGCAAGAACCAUUUUAAAGCUGCAUUGUCCAUGAUAUAUAAAUAGUUAUUAAAGCAAUAACCUUCAGGACAAAGGCAAAAUUCCGUGGAUGCUGGAAAUCUCAAAUAAAAAGGAAUAAACAUCCUAGAAACACUCAGCAGGUUAGCUAGCAUCUUUGGAGAUAAAAGCAGUCAACAUUUCUGAUCAAAAUGAGAGGUUCUCAUCUUCUGGGUAUUUCCACCAGUUUUGCUUUUGGUAUAGUAAGAUGAACUUGCAUCUCUUGAC